UCGGGCCAUGCCGACCGUCAGCGUGAAGCGGGAUCUGCUGUUCCAGGCGCUGGGCAGGAGCUACACGGAUGAAGAAUUUGAUGAGCUUUGCUUUGAGUUUGGUUUGGAGCUUGAUGAAAUAACAUCUGAGAAGGACAUUAUAAGUAAAGAAAAGGGUGAAGAAAAGGCCAAGGGUGCGUCUGAUGUCGUUCUCUAUAAAAUCGAUGUUCCUGCCAACCGCUAUGAUCUGCUUUGCCUGGAAGGGUUGGUCCGAGGACUGCAGGUCUUUAAGGAAAGGAUAAAUCUCCCUAGGUUUGAAAAGAUAAUACCAGCUGAGGGUGAAGGUCAGAGGCUAAUUAUCACUGAACAGACUGCCCAGGUCCGGCCUCACGCUGUCGCUGCCGUCCUGCGAAACAUAACUUUUACCAAGGACCGGUAUGACAGUUUCAUCGACCUCCAAGAGAAACUGCACCAAAAUAUUUGCAGGAAAAGAGCACUAGUAGCAAUAGGUACCCAUGACUUGGACACCAUCACUGGUCCAUUUACUUUUACAGCCAAAGCACCUUCUGAAAUUAAAUUUAAGCCCUUGAGUCAAUCCCAGGAGUACACAGCCUCACAAAUUAUGGAUCUAUAUAGGACUGACAGCCACCUUCGGCACUAUUUGCACCUGAUUGAAAACAAGCCACGUUACCCUGUCAUUUAUGACAGCAAUGGGGUUGUUCUGUCCAUGCCACCAAUCAUCAAUGGAGAUCAUACAAAAAUAACGCUAAAUACCAGAAAUGUGUUUAUUGAAUGUACAGGCACAGAUAUUACAAAGGCAAAAAUUGUUCUUGAUAUUAUAGUCACGAUGUUCAGUGAAUAUUGUGAGAAGCCAUUCACUGUCGAAGCAGUAGAAGUGGUUUAUCCCAAUGGGAAGACCCACAUGUAUCCGGAGCUGGCUUACCGAACAGAGAAGGUGAAACCUGAAUACAUUAACAAGAAAGUAGGAAUCAGUGAAACUCCAUCAAGCCUGGCAAAGCUGCUGACUAGGAUGUGUUUGAAGUCACACGUCACAGGGAAUGGGAACCAUAUAGAGAUUGAAAUCCCUCCUACCAGAGCAGACAUUAUCCAUGCCUGUGAUAUCGUAGAAGAUGCAGCAAUAGCUUAUGGUUAUAACAACAUUCAGAUGGUGAUUCCGAAAACGUACACCAUAGCUAAUCAACUCCCCCUCAAUAAGUUCUCAGAACUUCUGAGACUGGACUUGGCAGCUGCUGGAUUCACUGAAGCACUCACUUUUGCCCUGUGUUCUCAAGAAGAUAUUGCAGAUAAACUUCGCAUGGACAUCUCUGCAACAAACGCCGUGCGCAUAGCAAACCCCAAAACAGCAGAAUUUCAGGUGGCACGUACAACCCUCCUUCCUGGGCUGCUGAAAACUAUUGCUGCCAACAGAAAGAUGCCCUUGCCUCUCAAACUCUUUGAGAUUUCUGACAUUGUAGUAAAAGAUCCUAAUACAGAUGUAGGGGCAAGAAACUACAGACAUUUAUGUGCUAUUUAUUACAACAAAAGCCCAGGCUUUGAGAUCAUCCAUGGUUUGCUGGACAGAGUCAUGCAGGUCCUGGAAGUACCACCAAACGAAGAGAAUGGCUACACCAUCAAGGCAGCUGAAGUGCAGCCUGGCAGUGGCAAGUGUCUCUUUGGCUGGAGUCAUGUGCCAGUAGCAUCCUGGGUGAGGCACUGCUUUCUUUCCUGGUCGCUGUGCUGAGGUCUUUGCCAAAGGUCAAAGCAUUGGGAAACUUGGAGUCGUACACCCUGAUGUUAUCACCAAGUUUGAGCUCACCAUGCCUUGCUCUGUCCUAGAGAUCAAUAUUGAGCCCUUCGUGUGAAGACGUGACUCUUAUCUGCGACAGCCGUCCACUGUCACAUGCAGCACCCUCUCCUCUUCUGUCUGCCUCCCAGGGGACAUCCGCUUGUGCUUUUAUGUUCCAAUAAACCAGAAAAACAGA